AUGAGGUCAUCAAAAUCUGAAUACGAUGACUUCGAUGUCCCGAUCACUACCAACAUCCUCGAACCGUGGCUAUUAUAUGCGAUGCUCCCAUUCGACGAUGCUAAUGCCGUCAGUCAUCUUGUUGGGAAGGGUGAGAGUUCACCAAUCAACACCACCAUCGAUAUGCUACUAUAUAUAUUAUUUGUGCUCUACGCACACAGAACCGUCGUCUCCCCUAUUGACUGGUUGGAGGCAACAGCGCCUCCCCCGGGAUGCGAUCUGGGUACUGGAUCUGUGUAUGGUCCGGGUUACACUCCUCGAUUGAGCCUCUCAUCACCUGUCAAGCCCGAACAAACCGACUGCUUGAAUGAGAGGUCGACUAUCACCUUAUGCAUCUCAUUCAGGGCAUUGUCUACCCUUCCUCAACUGGCAAACUUGCCGCUGCGUUUGCGUGACCACUCCAGGUUAAUGAAAAAGACCUUUAUCAACGCAGCUACGUUGAGUAUUGCUGGAACUGCUGCGAUUGCACCCGGUUGGGUUGCUGUUACUGCGGAUGUGGAUGAUGAGAUGAUGGGAGUCAAGCCAUCAUGGAAGCUACCAAUGUUGCGUCUCUCUUUGACGACACUGAAGCUUUUCCUAGUUCCUGAACGAAAGAUUGAUAUAGAACAGGAAUUGAAAAGGCACCAUUGUCUGAAACUCAGGAGGACAUCGAUGACUGACUUGGCGAUUUGUCUCAUCGGAUAUCGUCGAGUAAGUAUCUCGGCUUUCGCUGUCCGUGAUGUCACCGAUGAUGAAUUCAUCCUGCUGCUUUUCGCUGUUCAUGCAACGUGCUGCACUUUCCUUGGUCAUCGCCACCAGCCAAACACUGGUGUCUGCGUUGGUGGACCACUCUUAGGAGACAUUAAAAAGCUUUCCGGACAAUAUGAUCCUCAGAGCGAUCCUACUGUUGCCAUCAACGCUCUAGUGAGAGGUUCAGGGAGUCAAUCUUGGGGCUCUGAGUGCGAGCAGCGCACGAACUACCGGACUGCCUUAAUUGCCUGUCAUGGAAGUGUGACGAUCUGA